UGCCACCGCCGGGGGCGGCGACCAGCUCCCAGCACGGCCGCUCCUUGUCGACGCGCAGACGGACCCUCGAGUGCACCUCCUCCCCCGGGCUGACGGUGCACCCCGCCGCGGGAAGUGGAUCGGGCAGCACCUCGCCCCGACGGGUCGGCUCCUUCCGGAGGAGCACCGGUUCCGCCGAUCGGCCGCCUUUGAUGUUCUGCCGGAGGAGGCCCUCCUGGCCGGAAGUCGACAUACAGGCCACCUCCGGAGUUCAAGAAACGGAUGGUUCCUUCUUCGAAAGUUUCACCGCGUUAUCUUGGAGGCAGGAAAACCGAAGGCUCGUGGUCCUUCAGGAAGUGGAGGCCAGGGCCAAGGAACCACCACCACCGUCCAGAGAUACCAGUUUGACGUCUUCGCAGUCCUAUCGUUUCACCAAAAAGGAGCUGGAACAGUUGUACAUAGAGGUGCUGUACACGGUCGCGAACACUGUGGGAGCGAGCACCGGACAAUACGCUCACUACAAAGAGGAUCUUUAUAGGUAUGCCCAAGAGGCUUUUGGAGUGCCGCAGGAUCAACAUCGACGAUACUUGAACAUCGCCUCUGAAGAGAAGCCUCCGAUAGUUGUCCUGAGCGUAGUGGUGGUCGAGGCAGAGGGGCUCGAAGCGAAGGACGCGAACGGAUUCAGCGACCCUUACUGUAUGCUGGGAAUCCAACCGGGUAAUACCGGUGCACCGUUGAGUCCGCAGACGAAUUUAACGGCGCACUCGCCCCAUACACCCCCGGCAUCCCCGCGACAGGCGACCCGAGCCCUUUCCGACGGUGGUGAAACCGAGAAUUCGCAUCACGAGAAAUUGCGAAAGCAUCACAGUUUCAGGUUGUCGUUCAAGCGCAAAGAGCACACGAACAGGCGCGAGCAUAGGGAGUCGUUGAGCGGGGCCGUGCCAGCCAAGUUCAUACGCGCGACCACCGUCAAGCCACACACGCUCAGCCCACGAUGGAACGAGAAAUUUCGUUUCGACAUCGAUGACAUCAAUACGGACAUCCUGCACCUGGACAUAUGGGACCAUGACGACGAGUCCUCGGUGUUCGACGCGGUGAGCAAAUUGAACGAGGUGCGGGGCGUGAAAGGGCUGGGAAGAUUCUUCAAGCAGAUCGCGCAGAGCGCGAGAUCCGGGGGCCAGGACGACUUUCUUGGCUGCGUGAAUAUUCCUCUUCAGGAUAUUCCAAGCACCGGAUUGGAUCGAUGGUACAAAUUAGAAGCCAGAACGCAACGAAGCACUAUUCAAGGUAGAAUUAGAUUAAAACUGUGGCUAUCAACCAGGGAGGACAGGGGGACGUCCGAGGAAGACAAUUGGGGCGAGCUGAGGCAACAGGAGAGACUUUAUACCGUCUUUCUCAAUCACGAGAUGAACAAACAAGGGGAAGAUUUCACGGGGGAAUUGCCACAAACGGCGCUAACGAUUCUUCAUCAACACGCCGUCCAAGGUGACGUGACGGAGCUGCAACAAGCGUUGGUCAGAUGGGUGGCGACAUCCAGGCAAUCGGCGUGCGACCCAAAGACCCUUCAUCGCCUUCUUCAGGAAUUGGACAACGCGUGGCACACGGACACGCUUUCCAGAGACGAGGAACAGUGUCUCGCGGAUUCUUUCAACGAAUUCCUCGAGGUCACGUUGAAGAAAGUUCGACAGCAUCGAGUGCUGUUCCCGUUGCAUCGACCUUCCAUCUCCAAGUUGGAUUAUCUUCUCAGAUGUUUAGGUCUGUUGUCGAACAUGAAAGCUUUCCGGGCGUGUUGCCCGUUCAACAAGGAAAUUCGAGGGGAAAUAAUAACCGCCCUAAGAAAAGGAACCCUCGAAUGGUACGAGGACACGAGGCAGCAAACAAUGUGUUACGACAAGGAACCCGAUCAGGAUGCAGAUAAAGUCCUGCAGGACUUCACCAACUUGGUAACCGCUUUACUGGUGGACCUGGAACAAGGACUCACUUAUUACAACAGCCUCUUUGAAAGCACGAAUGGCGUGCCAUAUUUCUCGGCGGUGUAUAAACAAUUGGACAAACUGCUGGCGGAACACGUGGCGAAACACAUGGAGAACACAUCCGAGAUGCAAAACGAGCUUGGAGCCAGGGUGACGACAGCUUGUCUUCAACUUCAUCAAAACGCGGACGAGGAGUACGUGCUACCACCUGGAGCGGAAAUUGGAACGCCAAUGUUCGAGUUAUACUUGGCUCUGCAGGACUUCGUCACCAUGAAGGAGAACCUGCCGCAAUCCGACCAUAAAACUUUGGCGAUUUGCAAAUAUUACGAGUGGUUCAGACCAGCUGUCGACAAAUGGUUGGAUCUGGCUAAAUUGAAGGCGAUUCAACGCGUAAGGAAAUCGGCCGAGCUUGAUCGGAUCUGUACCGGUGACUACAUCGUGAAACACGGUACCUCUGCCAUUGAUGUUACAGCAUGCUUCUAUCAGAUCAAAGAAUUUUGGAAAAAGUUGGCGUGGCCGGAUCUUGCUGGAUCGUACAAUUUGGUUCUAAAAGUUGUCGACGCUAUAUGCAGUUCGGCAGCGUAUUACGCAGAGAUCAUUCAUCAAAAAUUAGCAGAAAGCGGUUACUAUGAAGACCAGACGCCAUAUAAGACAACAGACGAGAUGUGCGUGGCUAUCAACGGCCUUGAAUACGUUCGAAGAUGGUUGUUGAAAUUAGGCGAGGAGUUGCUCGUCGAAAAGCUUUUGACAGCCUUGGAGUGUCAGGCAGGCGAUUCUGCACGAAUGCAAUGGAGAAAUGCUUUGACGUCACCUUUGGAACAGACGCCAGGACAAAUGUUGCUGUUUAUAAAUCAAAUCGUUUCAAGAAUUGGCACGAAGAUGAGACCACCAUUGAAGAAAGCAAUGUUUCAUCUGGCUUGGUCACCAGACAGUUUACCCACUUCGGAGGCUAUUGCACCAUUGCUCGAAUAUUUAGACAUGCACUUGGUAGUGCUAAACUCGGCUCUGCUCUCGGUAAAUUUCAAUCGAGUCCUUCAAGACAUCUGGGAAGUGGUGUUGGCCGAAUUGAGCAAUCAAAUGGAUGGAAAUGCGGGAGAUAAACCAGCGAUGUUUUACGAAAGACUUCACGAGGCUCUUGAUUUAUUAGUGAAAUUCUUCCACGAGGAUGAAAAAGGUUUGUCAUAUGAAGUACUACACUGUCAAAGUUUCUUGAAUGUCGAAGAACGUCUUCAGUAUCACAAAAUGGAUACAACAUUUUUAAUUGACCGAUUUUAUCGACAACGACUUCAGGACCAACUAAAUACCGUAUCCUCUGAGUAUGGCGUUCUAACAGUGAGAGCAUAUUUAAAUCACGACUCUUUAUGCGUCGAAGUUAUAAAUGCCAGAGACGUGAUACCGCUAGAUCCAAAUGGUUACAGUGAUCCUUUCGUGAUAAUCGAACUGUUGCCACGAAGAAUCUUUGAACACUGUGCCGAGCAGCACACCAACGUGAAAAAGAAAACUUUGAAUCCUAUGUUCGACGAAUGUUUUGAAUUCUCUGUGAGCGUGGACCAGUGUCGAAGUCCAGAUGCCAUGGUGCUGUUCACCGUAAUGGAUCACGACGUCCUCACGGCGAAUGACUUCGCGGGCGAAGCAUUCUUAGGAUUGAGCACGAUACCUGGUGUUACCGACACGAACGCCAGCAUAGACAAUUUCCACGGCCUCAAACACACCGAAUUACCUUUGAUGCAUCAAAAGAAUCGAAAUCAUCCGAUUCUCCAGAUUCUGGAGACGAGGGUCGGCGACAAGAUGGCCCUCGACUUCGUGAAGAAGCAGAAGCAACGAUUCGCCUCGACGUAAAACGGGGGGCUGACGAGAAACGAAACAAGAGAGCAGCACCGCGGAAAAGGAAAAAUUUCGGUUGUUUAAAGGAUCGAUGUUAAAAUUUCGAUAAUCGAAAGAAGAAGGAAGAAAAUAAAAUAGAAAAAAAAAGCUAAAGGAGAAAAACAAUCCAUCCCCGCGGAAAGCUCGUCGACUCUCUUUCCCUCGUUUCACCCUUGUCAGACAUUUCUCAGUGUAAAUCGUGUUGAAUAUAAUCGGUGUUGGUAACUAAAGAAAAUUAAAUAAUACAGAAAGGAAACGAAAUAUAUAGAGAGAGAGUAAAAAGAAAAGAGAGAGAGAGAGAGAGCAUAUGUAUAUUAUCAGAACUAUUUUUGUGUGGACAGAAAAGAAAAAAAAAAAAAAUCCGAUCGCAAAAAGAGCGAGAUAUAAAAAGAAGAAAAUAUUGUUAAAAAAAAAUCGUUUAAAUUUGUCAGCGUGAUGUGUCUAAGGAUAAAUGUUAAAAAAAAAAAAAAAAAAAAAGAAAAAAAAGAAAAAAAAUGCUAUCGUCGAGACCGUCGAAAACUCGAAGCAAUGCUAAACGGCCAUGACACAGGAGUAAAACGUUCGAAAAAACGGGGGGAGGGACUCUUCUUCUUUUUCGAGAUCAAAAACGAAAGAUCAAAACAGGGGAUGGCAGGGAGAUUUCAUUACGAAUCUCGAUACGUCCAUCGAAGGGGAAGUGUCUCGUUGCUCCCUUUAAAUACAAAUUUAUAAACCGAUAAUAAAUAAACGAGGAAAUGGGAUGAAUUGAAAUAAAUAUAUGUGUACAACGCGCCAUGUUAUUGAAAGUAACGAAAUAUUCAUCGCCGAUUCGCAUCGCCUCGACGAUUACAAAGCAAAUCCCGCAGAGAGUCGAUAUACGAUAUUUUUCUUACUCAUCAUUGGCUAAUGUCUCUUUCUAUCUUUCCACCGCGUCGUUUCUCACUUCUCGAUCCAGUAUAAUUAUAAUCCAGCGACACUUUUAUCCCGAUCUCGCGCGCGUAUUAAACGCAAGGUGAGGCAGAAGCGAGCGUAAAUGUUUGAGGAAAAGCGUCAACUUAAACCCGUUCAAAAUAAAAACCUGGGAAAAAAAAAAAUCUCAUCGGAUGGAUUCAACGAUCAUUGGAUUUCAUCGAUGAGAAACUCUUCUCGAAACAGUUUCUCGAAGUUGCAAAUACUUUUGCACGUCCCUUCGCGCAUACUCGCGCGAGUUCGGAUUCUUUCGUCGAAUCUCGCAUCGCGACGGAAAUUUCGGCCGAAAUCGAAACAGGUUGAAAUGAUCGAUCUAAAAAAAAAAAAGAAGUAAAUAAGAAUAAGAAAUAAGAAGAGGGGGAAAAAACGAGAAUGGAAUUGACGAAAGAAGGAAGGGAAGAAAAGAGAGAAAUGAAAAUUCGAUGAUGGACGAACGAUGAUCUCUUGCGCCCGUGUUGCACGUGUACGUAAGGAUGUAUACGCGGAUAAACCACCACAUACACACACGUUACACGCAUAUGUAUAAUGAAUUUAAUCGAAUAAUUAAGAAAAAAAACCGGCGAAAGUGUCUGUACACACCUUAUCCUCGCGUAUAUCUGUGCCCCCCUCUUUGUCGGGGAUGAUCGCGGUGUUUGAUUUUGCUCGUACAAUCUGAAAUCUUUCUACACACCUGUUUCUCCCUGAUAAACUCUCCUCUCGACACGCCGCGUUUCGUGUCUCUAAAUCGAAUCGAUCGAUUCGACGAAAUUCGGACGAGUGAUCAAAGAUUCGAGAACAAUUCGCGAAACAGUCUCGCCUUUUUCUCGAAUCUCGAUCGUUAGUUAGCCUAGUCCCUUUGAAAAAGAUGUGGAAGGCAGGGUGUAAAGUGGCGGGGGAUAAAUAAGAAGAAAUUAGAUGCGAGGACAACGAUCGAUUGGCGACCAAAAAGUAACUAGGAACAUAGAUCUCGGUAUGGGGAAAUGUGAACGACAAAACGCACACUCGUCAAUUUUUCUAUUGCACCGUUUAUUCACGCGCGUCUCGUUUGCGUCUACAUACACACGUACGUACGUACACACGCGAGAAUAAUAAAAAUAAUUUAAAAAAAUAAAAAAUAAUAAGAAACGAAUAAAAAAAAAGAAAGAAAGAAAGAAAAAUGAAGAGAAACUGGAGGAGAAGAUCGACGAAGAAAUCUUCGUAUCUAUAUCGCGAACGCCUUCGAAAAAUAUAAGAGGAUAUGAAAAGAAAUACGUGAAAAUGAAUUUAAGAAUAUAUAUAAUGAAAAUGAUGAAGAAGAAAAAGAAACGAUGAUCUCUCAAAAAUGUCGUCUGUCCGAUCCUCGGUAUUAUCUCGUGCAUCGAAUCCAAUCGAACUCUAUUUGCUUUUUUCAACCUUUUACAAUCACCAGAAACGUAUGUACGAUUUGUCUUGUAUCGUAAGACGAAUAAAUUAAUAUAAAUGUACGAAA